AUGAUCCGUUUAUAUGUAGAUGGGCCUGGGGUUGCUCAGACUGCCAUGAAUAUUGCUAUUUUGGCUGAUGUUAACAAGGCCAUAGAGAUAUUGGGACACGAAGAAAAAGUUGUAGAAGUCGGAAUCAAACGAUACAACGAAGAUAAGAAAUCAGUUGUUCAUAUUCCCAAGGAAGACAAGAAAUCGAUUGUUCAUAUUCCUGAGGAAGACAAAAGAUCGAUUGUUCAUAUUCCCAAGGAAGACAAGAAAUCGAUUGUUCAUAUUCCCAAGGAAGACAAAAGAUCGAUUGUUCAUAUUCCCAAGGAAGACAAGAAAUCGAUUGUUCAUAUUCCCAAGGAAGACAAGAAAUCGAUUGUUCAUAUUCCCGAGGAAGACAAGAAAACGAUUGUUCAUAUUCCCAAGGAAGACAAGAAAUCGAUUGUUCAUAUUCCCAAGGAAGACAAGAAAUCGAUUGUUCAUAUUCCCAAGGAAGACAAAAGAUCGAUUGUUCAUAUUCCCAAGGAAGACAAAAGAUCGAUUGUUCAUAUUCCCAAGGAAGACAAGAAAUCGAUUGUUCAUAUUCCCAAGGAAGACAAAAGAUCGAUUGUUCAUAUUCCCAAGGAAGACAAGAAAUCGAUUGUUCAUAUUCCCGAGGAAGACAAAAGAUCGAUUGUUCAUAUUCCCAAGGAAGACAAAAGAUCGAUUGUUCAUAUUCCCAAGGAAGACAAAAGAUCGAUUGUUCAUAUUCCCAAGGAAGACAAAAGAUCGAUUGUUCAUAUUCCCAAGGAAGGAAGACAAGAAAUCGAUUGUUCAUAUUCCCAAGGAAGACAAGAAAUCGAUUGUUCAUAUUCCCGAGGAAGCCAAAGAUCGAUUGUUCAUAUUCCCAAGGAAGACAAAAGAUCGAUUGUUCAUAUUCCCAAGGAAGACAAAAGAUCGAUUGUUCAUAUUCCCAAGGAAGACAAGAAAUCGAUUGUUCAUAUUCCCAAGGAAGACAAAAGAUCGAUUGUUCAUAUUCCCAAGGAAGACAAAAGAUCGAUUGUUCAUAUUCCCAAGGAAGACAAAAGAUCGAUUGUUCAUAUUCCCAAGGAAGACAAAAGAUCGAUUGUUCAUAUUCCCAAGGAAGACAAAAGAUCGAUUGUUCAUAUUCCCAAGGAAGACAAAAGAUCGAUUGUUCAUAUUCCCGAGGAAGACAAAAGAUCGAUUGUUCAUAUUCCCGAGGAAGACAAAAGAUCGAUUGUUCAUAUUCCCAAGGAAGACAAAAGAUCGAUUGUUCAUAUUCCCAAGGAAGACAAAAGAUCGAUUGUUCAUAUUCCCAAGGAAGACAAGAAAUCGAUUGUUCAUAUUCCCAAGGAAGACAAAAGAUCGAUUGUUCAUAUUCCCAAGGAAGACAAAAGAUCGAUUGUUCAUAUUCCCAAGGAAGACAAAAGAUCGAUUGUUCAUAUUCCCAAGGAAGACAAAAGAUCGAUUGUUCAUAUUCCCAAGGAAGACAAAAGAUCGAUUGUUCAUAUUCCCAAGGAAGACAAAAGAUCGAUUGUUCAUAUUCCCAAGGAAGACAAAAGAUCGAUUGUUCAUAUUCCCAAGGUCAUAAAUCCCAAAUUCACAGCCCACAAGAGGUUGGGAUUAUUCGAAAGGGGAAAGAAACCCCCUUUAAAGGUGACAGUCAUGAAUAAGCAAAUGGUAACUGAUGUAAUAGAGAAAGUUUAG